AUGCUCCAGCAGGUGCUGGUGGGCAGCGCAGCUCUCGCGAUCCUGAGCCUCAAAGAGGGCUACGAGCUCGUGUGUGUAUACUGGCUCGACAACCCAGACAAAACUUUUACCGAAAUACACGCUAUUCUCAAAGAAGUAGAAGAAGGACUUAGACGUCUGGAGCGGUCCAUAACUGCACGGCUGUUUGGUACCGGCAGCGUCUCCUCUGACGAACUCGGCUAUCGCGGGGUGCACGAGCUGAAGCAGGAAUGGCACGAUUGCGAGCGUCUCUACUUUCGUUUGAAGCACGACCUGAGGAAGUACUACCCUCGCAGAUGGACGCUAGUCAUAUCAGGUGCACAGCUGUUAACUGACAUACGCGAUCUACGGGGUCGCGUGUACGCUUUAGAGCAAGACUGGCUGAGAACCUCUAGUGUUAUUCUAUAUGAUAGCGACCCUGAAGCCGAAUGA